GGAUGUGAUCACAGUUAGAACGCAACAUUCAUUUUGCGUUUCUAGGUAACUUUACAUGUUUGUUUUGCUCAUUUGCUGUAGAAUUGUAUGAGUUUAAGGUUUAUAUAUGCUUAUCUCUACUCCAAUUCAGUCGUAAUGAUAAUUAUUUUCCUGCAAAAAAGUAAAAGUGUUUUUGUUGUGUGUUUUAUUCUUCUUUUUGCAGAAUAUGUUACAAGAUUCUAGUUUUAGGAAAUAUGUAAAUGAUUAAUUUUCUGGGUAUUGUUACUUGUGGAUCUGUGUUUCUUUUUUGGGAAGAUCCACCUAAUAAAACAAAAUCUCACAUUGACUAAAUGCCAAGAUAUUGUCUCUUCUCCCACAUAAUUCCAUUUUUCCUUUUGAAAGUAAAAACAAAAAAAACCAGAAAAAUUGGUGACUUGACAACCAAAAAAGAUUAUGGGUAAGAUAUGGAGCUUUCUUUGCUUGUAAUAGGGUUUAUCUUUGUGCUUUGAUACAUCACAUUGACGGCUACAUCUCUUCUAAAUAGACUUCAGAAUGUUUAUCUUUCUGUCUCUUCACCUUUCGUUUGGUGGCAAUAGUAGUCUCUUUGAAGCUAACUAAUAAUGUAUAUUCAAACUCUUUUUAUUUGUUUUUGUACACUUGCUUAAGCUUUCUAUUUCCUUUGAGUCUGAUGUAUAAAUCCUUAUGAUAAUCUUUUCUACUUCCAGUUUCCUCUUUUGCUUCUUUUUCACACAUUCACUUUGUCUUCAUGUAGUUUUGUCAGAUUAGAAGCAAUCAUUACACAGUUGAUUACACACAGCACAAAGAGGGUUUUAAACUCUUGAUACCAAAAAUGCAAACUCCAAAAUUAAGGCCUGGUUCUUUGGAGCUGCCACAUAAGAAAUCCUCUUUACCAGCUCCCAAACUUGCUAGGAGAGUUAAGCCAAGCGGGUUAGAAUCUGAUCCAAAAACCAAGACAUCACCAAAAACUCAAACCCCCAAAGUAGCUACUGCUGAUCGCCGCUCUCCAAGAAUCCCUCUUAAUGAGAUUCAGAAGAAGAGGACAGGGAGGGUACCAGAGCUUGAAUCACAGGUAUCUCAGCUUCAAGAAGAGCUCAAGAAGGCAAAGGAAGAGCUAAACAGAUCAGAAGCAUUAAGGAGAGAAGCUAAACAAGAAGCUGAAGAAGCCAAGCAGCAGCUAAGGGAGAUCAACACCUCAGAAGAUUCAAGAAUCGAGGAGCUGCGUAAACUCUCACAGGAGCGAGACAAGACAUGGCAAUCUGAGGUUGAUGCUAUGAAGAGACAACACGGAUUGGACUCAGCUGCUCUGUCUUCCGCCAUCACCGAGGUUCAGAAGCUGAAGUCCAAGCUCUUUGAGACUGAGUCCGAGCUAGAGAACUCUAGGUUUGAGGUAAGGUCUUUAGAGAAACUUGUUAGAGACUCAUCAUCAUCAUCAGGUGAAGUGGAAACUCUGAAAGAAGGAAUGGAACUUGCGAGGCAAGAGAUAAGCCAGUUGAAAUCUGCCGUUGAAGUAGCGGAGAGGAGGUACCAAGAUGAGUAUAUACAGAGCACGCUGCAGAUAAGAAGCGCUUACGAGCAAGCAGAGGCGGUUAAGACAAAGUAUUCACAGAGAGAGGCAGAGUUAGCUGAGGAGCUGAAGAGAACUAAAGCUGAAGUUGAGGUUUUGCGCAAAGGAUAUGAAGCUGCUGAAGAUUUCAAGAAGCUUGAGUCAGAUUUAGUGGAAGUGAGAGGGGGUUUGAUGGAUAAGGAGAUGGAGUUGCAGAGGCUGAGAAGUGAAAUGGAGAAGAGAGUUGAGAGCGCAAACACUGAAGCCAUGGAAGCUGAGCUAAGGAGAGUGAAGGUUCAGUGUGAGCAGUGGAGGAAAGCGGCUGAGACGGCAGCUUCUAUACUGAACAAUGAAGAAGAGAGGAUUGAUUCUACUGAGAAUGGUAAAAUGUUGAAGAAGUUUGGUGUGUUACUCAAGAAAAACCACAAGUAAUAAUUUGAUUCUUUUUGGAUUCUAUUUUAAGAUAUUGAAAAAUUGGCAUUGCUGUUGCCUGUAAAUUUGUAAAAUUCCAUUUGAUUUCUAUAAGUUUAUUUUCUCUUCUUCUUGUAAGUGUUGCCACAUUUGGUGUUGAAAACUGUAUUUGUUAAGUGAUAUUUUGCAUUCAAGAA